AGAUAAUCCAUCUCCUUCUGUUCUCCCUGUGUUUCUGUCUUCUAUGAUUACAUAUUACAAUUACAUAACUCGAGUUCCUCCUCUGUUUUUUUUUUCUCUCACUGGUCAUUUUUUGUUCCUCUGUUCCAUCCAAAAUGAAGUACAUUCGAAGCAACAGCUUCAAACGCCUUUUCUCCUUCAAACGACGCAGUUUCGAUGCCGAUUCCGAGACAUCGCCAGUCGAAGAAGCUGUAAAAGCCGACAAGUUCUUCGAGGGUUUUCAUGAAACGGAGAAGUUUCAGAGACCCACUUGGAGAUGUUUCUCCUUUGAGGAACUCUUUGAUGCGACUAAGUGUUUCAGCCCAGAGAAUUUGGUGGGGAGGGGAGGAUUUGCAGAGGUGUACAAAGGGGUGAUGGGUAACGGGGAAGAGAUUGCGGUGAAGAGGAUAACGAGAGGAGGAAGAGAUGAGAGGAGAGAGAAGGAGUUUCUUACAGAGAUCGGGACAAUAGGACAUGUCUCCCACCCUAAUGUCUUGUCUCUUCUUGGCUGUUGCAUCGACAAUGGCCUUUAUCUUGUUUUCCGGUUCUCUUCCAGAGGCUCUGUUGCUUCUCUUCUACAUGAUGCAAGUUUGCCGCCAUUGGAAUGGGAAAGAAGGUACAAGAUAGGCGUAGGGACAGCGAAAGGGCUUCAUUACUUGCACAAAGGUUGUCAGAGGAGGAUCAUCCACAGAGACAUUAAAUCAUCCAAUGUCUUAUUAACCCAUGAUUUUGAACCUCAGAUAUCUGAUUUUGGGUUGGCAAAAUGGCUUCCUUCUCAAUGGUCUCACCACUCAAUUGCUCCCAUUGAAGGCACAUUUGGGCAUUUAGCACCAGAAUACUAUACACAUGGGAUUGUGGAUGAGAAGACAGAUGUGUUUGCAUUUGGAGUGUUCUUGCUUGAACUCAUUUCUGGUAGGAAACCUGUUGACGCCUCCCACCAAAGCUUACACACCCUUGCGAAGCCAAUACUUAGAAAGGGAGAAAUAGAAAAACUUGUGGAUCCAAGGCUCCAUGGAGAAUACAACGUUCAUCAACUUCACCGCCUCGCUUUCGCUGCCUCUCUCUGUAUCCGUUCUUCCACCUCGUCUCGACCUUCCAUGAUCGAGGGGGAUGUCUGUUCAGUUUUAGCUCAUCAGCUGCGUGACUCACAAGUUGCAAAAUGCCAUAGAUUUCUACGUCGCAUGAAUUAUUUCUGUACUAAAAGAUAUUUAAUUAUGCAUUUUUUGACCAUUUUUAUUUUAUAAUUCACACUAACAAUAUACUUAUUUAUUUAUUUUUUCUUGCUUUCUGGUGGUUUGUCUACAAACGACGACCAACUUUUACUAGUUUUUUUUCUCACCACCCAUAAAAUAUAUAUAUAUAUAUAUAUUAUAUAUAUAUAUAUAUAUAUUGGGUAACUAGCUGUUUUAUACUAAGGAUCAAACUAAUUCCGAGACCGAAAAUAAGUGCUAUGAUUUAGAUUAUACGUUCUUUUUCUAAAUUUGAGUUUUGAAUUCGGGAUGAGACAAACGUUUUGCAUUUCGUUUAAUCUGUUGAACUAUCGAAAUUUGGUUUAUAUAUCGGUAAAGAGAAAAAUCAAGCAAAAGCACUGCAGAUACACAUGAGUCACAGUGGAUAUUCUGUGUUACCGACACCUAAAAUCUUUAAUCACAAAGCGAGAAACGGACAAACAUUAAUUAUUUGUGUCAUUAUAAUAGGAUUUGAAAAAACAAAAGUGGUUUAUUAUUAUAGCAAUAGUGUGACAAAGAAAUGUGUCUCGUCCACUAACUUUGUAGUAAAUUCUAUAAACUAUGAUCACUACACUAGACAUAUAAAAUCUUUGAUAAAAUAUUUUAAUUCUGGCGAUAUAUUGAUAUGUUUCCCCAUUUAUGAUUCUCAUAUUUAUUUCAAAUAGUAUUUUUUUAAAAUUUUGGUGGAAUAAUUUUUUU